UGCCCGGUUCAGCUCCUGCGAGUGGGGAAGUGACAGUCAACGGGCACCAAGCAUCAUCAACGGGGGAGCUGGUGGCUUCUGUGUGACAGCAAAGAGCAGACAUUGACACAAAUGAGGGGGGACACCAACGGCGACACAUCCCAGGGACGGUGCAGCCGGGAGGAGGAGGAGGAAGAUGAUAACUUGGUGCCCGACGCGAUGGUAGGUUUGCAAACAGGAAAUGUUUGAAGCAACCAGCAGAUCAGUCUACAACGCCCGUCCUGUGAGGGUGACUCUUUGGCAAGCGUUCUUCCGCUGCUCUCAGAAGUGAUGACCAAGCCCUGGCACAUCCAUGAGCCUGCAGUCACCCACCCCUCAGCAGACGCCCAGGAACCGUGGUCCUGGUGUCCAUUUGGCCCAGAGCUGAGGAAGAGACAAGGUGCCAGGACCCACAGACAGACCGUUGGAGGAACCUCGUCAUGGAGUUACCUUCUUCCCGGUGGCCAGAACUCAACUGAGAGAAUUUUGGCGUGGCAGCUUUGUCAAAUUCCACGUGCAAGUCUGACGGAGAGGACUGGAGUUGGCAGCUCUGUGAUACCAAGGCUGUGCGAGGACUCUGCCCUCACUGGACCUCCCCCACGCCUGGUAAGCACAAGGGAGAAAGGAGGAAGAUGGACCGCCAUCCCAACAACACAAUCCCUGACUGGCAUAUGGUGUUCCCAGAGCCCACGGAGAGCAUGGUCUACAGGGAUGGACACAACGGGACCAAGUGCUUGGCUGAACACAUCCCUGAAAUCAUCACCAGCAGCAUCACGCUGCUCAUCUGCCUCUGUGGGCUGGUGGGGAACGGGGCCAUCCUCUGGCUCCUUGGCUUCCACAUCCGCAGGACCCCCUUCACCGCCUACCUCCUGAACCUGGCCGUCGCCGAUGCCUGCUUCCUCCUCUGCACAUCAGCUUUCCUCAUAACAUACCAUAUGCCCUGGCUCAUCCACGUCCAGACAGAGGUUUUGCAGGUGCUGUUGCUAUUUCACUCCAUGGCUCUGCUCACCUACAGCACCAGCCUCUACCUCCUCACGGCCAUCAGCGUGGAGAGGUGUAUCUGUGUCCUCUGGCCGUUCUGGAGCCGAUGCCAACGCCCCAAGCUCCUGUCAACUGUCAUGUGCAGCCUGUUGUGGGCCCUUGCCUGUGUCCUUGCUGGGCUGGUGUACUUUCUGUGUGACCCCAGUGGCUAUAAACGCUGCAAGAUGCUUUUUGGAGCCUUCUGCUUUCUCAAUUUCUGCAUUCUCCCUCCCUUUAUGGUUCUUUCCAAUGUCAUCAUCUUCGUCAAGCUCAGGCGUAGCUCUUGGCAACACCACCCGGUGAGGCUGUACACUGUCAUCUUCCUCACUGUUCUCUUCUUCAUCCUCUUUGGCAUCCCACUCAGCGUCCAGAUCUUCUUCCACUUUGGCUACAUUAAUGUUGUCUUUGAGAUCUGCCUGUUGCUGGCCUCUUUCAACAGCAGCAUCAAUCCAGUUAUUUACGUCCUGGUUGGGAGCUACAGAAAUGGAAAUUCCAGGUUCAGGGGAUCUGUCAAAGUGGCUCUUCAGAGGGUCUUUGAAGAGCGGGCAGAUUCCCAAGAGGUGGGUGAGACCCCUGUGAUGGGAAUUGCCACCUGAAAUGCUGUGGCUACAGACUGGCACCUGGAGAGGGGCAGUCCUGCCUCUGCACCCCUGGCCAGCCCCCAGGGCAGCCCACUCGCCCAGCUGGGCGAGCAGAACCAGCAGUGGAUGGUGGCGUGUCCCCCAGGACACAUCCACGCGCAAUGAGAUUUCCCGGGGCAGGGCUUGGU